UGCCGGGAGAGGCAGCCCCAUAACAGGCAGCUAUCUCUCCUCCCCCCUACCCACUCUUGGGUCCUGGGCUGAGGCCAGGGACUGUCCGGAGCUGAUCUCGGGCUCCCAUUGGCCGCUGUCUUUUGUGACGUCACGAUCAUGAUGAGAAUUGAUGAUCGGACACGCUGAUUUCAUUGUCUGAGGAGGCAGUGAAGACCCAGGAAAAAUCUCGCUGAAUACGCCUGCCCCAGAACUGCCUUGAUCUGGGAUCUUCUUUCCUUCCGGUGACCGCACCACGCCCGAGAUGAAUCUACGUUCUGUAUUUACUGUAGAGCAACAAAGGAUUUUACAACGUUAUUAUGAAAAUGGAAUGACAAAUCAAAGUAAAAAUUGCUUUCAGCUCAUAUUACAGUGUGCACAGGAGACUAAGCUGGACUUCAGUGUAGUCAGGACGUGGGUUGGCAAUAAGAGAAGAAAAAUGAGUAGUAAGAAUUCUGAAUCAGGAGCAACAACAACAGGAACUGUUUCUGGUACUUCUUUGGCGGCUCCAGAUGUUACAGUCAGAAAUGUGGUUAAUAUUGCUUCACCCUCAAGUCAACAGUCUUCUUGGAUAUCGCCCAAUAAUGAUGUCAUCAUAACUGGUAUAUACAGUCCAGCUAGUUCAUCAAGUAGACAAGAGACAACCAAGCAUUCAAAUACACAAAUUACAGAAGCACAUAAAAUCCCUAUUCAGAAAACAGCCAGUAAAAAUGAUACUGAGUUUCAGUUGCACAUUCCUGUUCAAAGACAAGUAGCACACUGUAAAAAUGCCUCUUUACUCUUAGGUGAAAAAACAAUUAUUUUGUCAAGACAGACAAGUGUGCUAAAUGCUGGAAAUUCUGUAUACAAUCACAGAAAGAAAAACUAUGGAAGCUCUUCAAUGCAAGCCUCUGAGAUGACAGUACCUCAAAAGCCAUCUGUGUGCCACCGAUCUUGCAAAAUUGAACCAGUUGGAAUUCAAAGAUCAUAUAAGCCUGAACACACAGGUCUUUCAUCACAUAACUUAUGUGGGCAAAAACCAUCUGUUAGAGACCCUUACUGCAGAACACAAAAUUUGGAAAUCCGUGAAGUAUUUUCACUGGCAGUUAGUGAUUACCCACAGAGAAUUCUGGGAGGAAAUCCCCCACAGAAGCCUCCUAAUUCGACAGAAGGAACUUGUUUGUCCAUUGCAAUGGAGACUGGAGAUGCUGAUGAUGAGUAUGCCAGAGAGGAAGAAUUGGCAUUGAUGGGAGCACAGAUACCAAGCUACUCAAGAUUUUAUGAAAGUGGCAGUUCCCUUCGAGCUGAGAACCAAAGUACAACUUUGCCUGGACAAGGAAGAAAUAUGCCAAAUUCACAAAUGGUGAAUAUUAGAGACUUGUCAGAUAAUGUACUGUAUCAAAACAGAGAAAACCAUUUGACACCACGGACCUCAUUACAUACAGCAUCUACUGCAAUGUACAGUAAUACAAAUCCAUCACGAAGUAAUUUUUCUUCACAUUUCGCAUCAUCAAACCAAUUGAGGUUAUCACAAAACCAAAACAAUUACCAGAUUUCAGGAAACCUUACUGUGCCUUGGAUUACAGGGUGUUCUAGAAAAAGAGCACUACAAGAUCGCACUCAGUUCAGUGACCAAGACUUAGCCACUCUUAAGAAGUACUGGGACAAUGGCAUGACCAGCCUUGGCUCUGUUUGUCGAGAAAAAAUUGAAGCAGUUGCAACUGAAUUAAGUGUUGACUGUGAAAUAGUUCGGACAUGGAUUGGGAAUCGAAGAAGGAAAUAUCGUUUAAUGGGGAUUGAAGUUCCACCUCCAAGAGGAGGCCCUGCUGAUUUUUCUGAGCAGCCCGAAUAUGGUUCUUUGUCUACACUCACACCAGGAGAGGAAGCUGGUCCUGAAGUAGGAGAGGAUAAUGACAGAAAUGAUGAAGUAUCCAUCUGUUUGUCUGAAGGAAGUUCUCAAGAGGAAUCAAAUGAAGUUGUUCCAAAUGAGGCAAGGGCUCAUAAGGAAGAGAACCACCAUGCAGUAUCUGCAGAUAAUGUGAAAAUAGAAAUUAUUGAUGAUGAAGAAAGUGACAUGAUAAGUAAUUCUGAAGUAGAGCAAGUGAAUUCUUUCUUGGAUUAUAAGAAUGAAGAAGUCAGAUUCAUUGAAAAUGAGUUAGAGAUUCAGAAGCAAAAAAAUUUUAAACUUCAGACAUUUGUAAGAAGCUUGAUACUAGCUAUAAAAGCUGACAAUAAGGAACAACAACAGGCAUUGCUGUCAGAUUUACCUCCUGAAUUAGAAGAGAUGGAUUUCAAUCAUGCCUCGCCGGAGCCUGAUGAUACCUCAUUCAGUGUGUCUUCUUUAUCAGAGAAAAAUGCCUCAGACAGUUUGUGAUUGGGGUGGGGGAGGGAUAUAUGAUACAGCCUUUUGGCUACCCAACAGGUAUGCAUUUCAAGAUAGUUGCAUCGUGCUGCCCCAAAAUUCUUCAGUUGGAAAAAUAUAUUGUUGAAGCAAUGUAUUCUGUGAAGGAUGAACCAGAUAUAAUGGCUGUGGUGCAAAAUGGUACAGAUGGUACAAAAAAAAGUUUGUAAAAUUUAAAAGCAUUGUUUGAGAGUUUUUUUCCAAACUGAUGGAACUCUGGAGGAAAAUGUAUUUAAUUUUCAGCAGUUUAGCUAGGAAAUGCAUAACGCCUAAUUUCUGAGGGGUCUUUUUUGUUUGUUUGUUUUAUAGAUGAAUCUUAGUUUUAGUAAUAGCUUUGACCAGAGACACAAAAAGAUAUUUCAACAUAGCUUAUCAAGUUACUGAAGCUUGACUAGUCUUCUUUUUGUAACCAUUACAUCUUUCUUCCUCUCUCCUUUUCCUGUCAUCCACAUACACUUUUACUCAGGAAAGUAGGCUGAAAAUUGAAAACAAAACAUUAAAAACGUUUUAACCUAGAUAAAUCUUGGGGCUCAUUUUUAAACUUCUGUGAAAUUUCGACUUAAGUUAAUGAUUGAAAAUUGAAGUGAUUGCUAGUACACAAUUGCAAAAUAUUGACAUUCUUCCAUUAUUAACCCAAAUAUUUGGGGGGAGGAGGAAGAGCAUUAUGGAAAAGUAAUUUAACCAACAUGAAGUCAAAUAAAUUGUUAAAUGUAUAGAAAAAAAUGUUGUAAAAGAUUUAUCUUAAUGGGAACUCUUUAUUGCUGCAAGUGACAAAUAUUGAUAAGAUUCACAUUCUACUACUAAAUUUGUAUAACUAACUUAGAUGAAAUGUUACACAAGUAUUAUAAGUUUAUCACCAUCAUCAUAAUAUUUUUUCAGUUCUUAGAUUUUAUGAAACAGGAAGUCAAGUUAAGCCACUGAGUUUUCUUUUUUUUAAUCUAGUCACUGAGCUUUGCCACCAAAUUUAGCUCAUUUCCAUAUGAGCCUUGUACAGAGUUAUCAGCCCAAGGAUACUACCCAAAAUAAUUAUACCACUUUGGUUGUAAAUCACAGUUCUCUGAAUUUCCUGAAUACUAUUCUAUGAGUACACUCCUAAAAUGGGCAUUCUACCCAGUUGUUCUAUUAGUGGGUACCAGAGGGCACAACACAAUUUUUUGCAGACCUUCCCUUCCAGGGUGCCAGAUCACAUUACCAAGACCUAUAGAAGGGAAAAUGCCAGUUUCUCCCUGUGCACACAAUAUCACAUAUUUGUGAGCUGGCAGUGUGGAACUGUAUCAUAUGGUUAAAUUGCUAUCUAUACUUAAAAGAGCUUCCUGGGUCUGGACGAUCCCCUGGAGAAGGAAAUGGCAAUCCACUCCAGCACUCUUGCCUGGAAAAUCCCAUGGACGGAGGAGCCUAAUAGGCUACAGUCCAUGGGGUCGCAAAGAGUCAGACAGGACUGAGCAACUUCACUUUCACUUUCACUUAUACUUAAAAGAUUAAUAAAGUAGCUAGAUGGCGCUUUUGACCAUCAAGUUUCUAUGUCAGAUAUUUCAUAAUUUGUAAGUAAAGCCAACUUUGAUCUUGGAAUUCACAGAUGCCAACUUAUGAAUACAGAAAGGCAGUCAUGGAUGUCUUUGACCUUGAAAUGCCCCUCCACCACACACAAAUAAAUAAGGUUCAUUGAUAAUCUUUCACUUUGUCAGCUAUUUGUCUGAUUUAGUAUUUCUGCUACUCUACUAUUAUGGUUCUUUGUUAGCAAAAAUAUUUCAGUUGUUAGGUAUGCUCCCUUUUAGCUGAGAGCCAUAUAGUUCUUUUUAAACAAUGUAUAGUACACCUUGUUGACAAGUCAAAUUCCAUUCAGAGAAAAGAGGGCUGAGUAACGGAACCUGGGAUACUAAGUUUAAAUUUAUCAGUCACACUAAUUCCCCUAUGAGAUAAAAAGUCCCUACUAUAUACAGCAAACUUAGAAAACAUUUCUUAAGGUAACAUGAACAAAUUCAAGGCCUUCAAGUCUCUCUUAGGACUUUUUACUAGUUGUUGAGGUUAUCUUUAGACUGAUUUUUUCCUGCUUCAUUUUAAACCCCUUAUUAUUUAGUUCUUGCCACAAAGUAAAAAGAGGUGAUUCUCUUAUACGUCUUUUAAUGCUAUGGAUUAAACUUGUCACACCUCAGCAACUAGUCAAUAAAUCAAAAAAUAUUCAUUGAACUCUUACAAUAGGGACACUGGAUUUCUACUCCUCAGCAAGCCAUAAACUUCAGAAUAAAUUGUUUAUUUUCACUUUUUCAGGAAUAUAAAUAAAAAUUAUGGAAGUUUCAAUUUUAAUAGAUUUAAAGAUUUUUGCUAGAUAUGAUUCCUGGAAGGAAUCCUAGUCUACAACUUUGAGAGGAAGUGUAGAUGAUUCACUUGUCCCUGUUUAAAGUUACAUUAAAAAAGAAACAGCAUAAAUCAUAACAGUACACUUAGGAAUCCUUUUGUAUUGACAUUUGUGCUUCAGCAUUUUCUGUAGCAGGAACCAAAGGAAAAAGAUUGUAUCCAGAAAAACAACAUUGGCAGGAUGAAAUUAUAUACCAUAGAUUUUGAAAAACAUUCCAAUGUUAAAUAUUAAAAUCUAUUAUGAGGAAAUGUAUUUUCACAUGUAUAGAUUGGAAUGUUUUGAGACAAUUCAGAGCAGAAAAGUAUGUUUAUGGACUGCUUUGUGAACAUCUUCAUGACUGGGAGGCAAAAACAACUAGUGUUUCUUUCUUUAGGGCUUUGAAACCAUAAUGAAGAACAACCUGUCUGAAGCUAUACUAUCUCUCACAAAGGCAGAGGCAAAAAAUGGAGAAAAAAAAAAAAAGAAGACAACUUUCUUUUUUUCUGUUCACUACCCUUUGAUGUCUGCAGUUGGAUUAGGAUUGUUGUUAUUUAGUUGGUAAGUCGUGUCCAACUCUUUUGCGACCCCAUGGACUAUAGCCCAGCAGGCUCCUCUGUCCAUGGGAAUUCCCAGACAAUAAUACUGAAGUGGGUUGCCAUUUCUUUCUCCAGUGGAUCUUUCUGACCCAGGAGAUCUUUUCAAACCCAUGUCUCCAGCAUUAGAAGGUUGGUUCUUUACCAAUGAACCACCAGGGAAACCCUGGCUUAGGAUAGCCAAUUAGUUUCUAAACAGGAAAUGUGUAGCUAAGAGCACUUUUCAAAGUGUGUAUUUUUAAAAAAGAACCAAAAGUAACCUUUCUCAUUUCAACAAAGCUAAAAUUAGUCCCAAGAAAAUGAGAACUGCAGUUACCCUGGAGAUUAGGAAAAUUAGCACAUGCAAGGAAAACAUUAUAAGAAAAUUGGCCUUUUCAUGGAAUUUAGGAAUAUUUUGUUGUAAGAUCAGUUAUCAACAGCAUGACUUUUGUACUACCAUUGAAAUCUUGUGAUAGAAAUGUUAUUGUUGAGGAAGAAAAGGCCACAGUCCAGUCACAUCCUGUGCUCUGUAUAUUACAAAGACCUCAAAAGAUGUCCAAUAGGUAAUUUCUCCAGACGGUAAAAUUUAUUUUAAGGCACUUUCACAGUCAGCAGUAUGUAAGUUUGUAUGAGAAAACAUAAGUGGUAUAUUUAAAAUAAUUCUAGGCUCUAAGACUGACUUGGUUGCACCUUUUUAAGGAAGACAAAGUAAUCAGCCCAUUUCCAAGGAAGAGUUUCUUCAUCUUGGCCUGAUAGCUUAUGAUCAUAUUUAAGAAGAAUUCUGAAAACUCCUUCCUUCCUCCAUAUUGCAGUGAUAGUAUACAAGGAAUAUUGCUUUUUUUUUCUUCUUACAAAUAUUAAAUUUUCAUUCCCAUCCCCAAAAUGCCAAAUUCUGAUAGAUUAGCUUUUUAAGGGAGCUUUUAGUACCAUUAUGUCUAAAUGACAAAUAAAAAGGUUUAUCUUUGAAGCUGGUAUUAUCCUUGGCAGACAGCACUGUAUCAUGCUCUUCACCAAGCUAUGCUCUGUGAUGUUAAAAUGCAGGAGGCUAAUAACUUGUGAGCCUACAGUCAACAUACCAUUGCCCCAAACAAACCUUUAAUAAGAACAUAUUUGUGGAAGGAUAAAAGAGAAUAAAAUGAUAUUUUCAUGGAAACAUAUUUGGAUUGUUCCAUUAAAGUGUACUGAGUAUAUAUUGUUUGAUACUGAAAUUUUAUGUUGUAUUAACUUGCUAAUUUCUUUUAGAAUCUUGUGUCCCACUUUACUGGCACUACCUCUGAAACAUACUAUCAUGUUAAAACCAUAUCAGACAGUAAUGUGAACUUUUUGUAGAGUUUUUAUUUAAACUUUUAUAGAGGCAAUAAAUGAUUUCCAGCUAAUAGAAACAUCUCUUUCUUUCAAUGUUUAUUUUUCUACAGAUAAAUUUUUCCUCCCCAAGAUAAAGUUCUGAUAAAAAGACUAAAAAAUGAAGAGAAUAAUAAGGUAUUUGGAGGCAGAGAAAGGAGAACAUGGAGUGCUCAAAUGGAAAUUUGGAUGAUUACCUAGCUGACAUGUGUAUCAUCCUUAAUUGACUUCACAUAACAGAGAAUUACUCCAACACCAGUGGAAUAGAAUGAAUAUUCAUUAAUAGACAAUAAAUUUGUCCAUGAUAGUAUAUUCAAAUGGUAAAGCCAGCAAGUAAAUAACCACAGUUUAAACAAAGAAUGCUAUUUUUACAACAUUCAAGUGGCAAUGUUUCAUUGAACUUCUAGCUCUCUUUGACACUGGUUGAAUAUGCUUUUAAUUUGGAUGAAAUACACCCAUACAUUUUUGGUUAAAGUCUUAUACCAGUUAAAACUUUUCAUGUUGUUAAAUGGGGGAGGGCAAGGGAUGAGCUUCAAAUAGCACAUCAGCAGUUUUCUUUCCCAGUUGAUACACUUUCAAGAAUCCUUGAAGGCUCUUCAAAUGACCUAAGUCUUUCUCAUAUCUGCAAAAAACAUUGGCUUAAGGUGGUGAAAUCCUUUGAUUUUAUAAAAAUGAAUGGGAAUCAUUACAAAUAUAUUUAAAAAACAAGUCAAUGGUUGAGUAUGUCUAUAAAAUUGAAUGAUGUUUUCAAACA